CGUUCAAAUGCCCACCUGCAACAAACAUUGUUAAUUGCAAACUCAACCAUCCAAAUUCCAAAGGGCUCUUUUGGUUUGCUUGUGUCAACUUCUCCUCUUGCAUCGCCUCUUUAUACCGUCCGUUUUUGUUUCAAUUCAAAAAAUCAUCGUCAUUGUAAAGAAUUCAGGGUUUUCAUAUUCUCUGAUAAACAAAAUUUGAGAAAGAUGAAACAGAGGCCUAAGGGUGCUCCAUCAAGGCCAAAUCCAUCGAGCGGCGAGACAAAAAAUCAAGAAAAUAGUACUGGUAGAGUGACUACUACGUUGAAGGACCAAAAUGUAAUAUUGGCUGCGAAGAGGUCGAGUUAUGUGAUAUUUGCCUUGUUUGUGCUGGCUGUAUAUGGGGCUUGGGGAGUGUAUCAUUAUCAAUUUGAGCGGUUGCUCGUGCCUUUGAGUUCCCAGCAGGUGGGGAAAAGGGGUUUUUCUGAGCAUGAGGCCCUUAAACAUGUUAAAGCUUUGGCUCAGUUGGGCCCACAUCCCGUUGGCUCCGAUGCCCUGGAGAGUGCAAUAAUGUAUGUCAGAGAAGCAGCAGAAAGUAUAAAGAAAACAGCUCAUUGGGAGGUGGAUGUGGAAGUGGAUUUGUUCCAUGCGAAAUCCGGUGCUAACAAUCUGGUUGGUGGCCUUUUUAAAGGGAAAACCCAUCUUUAUGCAGAUUUAUAUCACAUUGUACUAAAAAUCAUGCCCAAAUAUGGAUUUGAAGCGGGAGAAAAUUCGAUUCUGGUCUCCUCCCACAUUGACACCGUCUUUGCAGCGGAAGGAGCUGGUGAUUGCAGUUCAUGUGUGGCUGUUAUGCUUGAGCUUGCUCGAGGAGUUUCUCAAUGGGCUCAUGGGUUUAAGAACUCGAUUAUAUUUUUAUUUAAUACUGGAGAGGAGGAAGGUCUGAAUGGUGCUCACAGCUUUAUCACUCAGCAUCCUUGGAGUGAUACAGUACGGCUGGCCAUUGAUUUGGAAGCAUUGGGCAUAGGAGGAAAAUCUGUUAUAUUCCAGGCUGGUCCUCAUCCUUGGGCUAUAGAAAACUAUGCUUCGGUUGUGAAAUAUCCUAGUGCACAAAUAAUCACCGAGGAUGUUUUUUCUUCGGGGGCUAUAAAAUCAGCAACUGACUUUCAAGUGUACAAAGAGCUUGCUCAACUUUCAGGACUCGAUUUUGUAUUCCCAGAUAAUACUGCUGUGUACCACACCAAGAAUGACAAAUUAGAACUUUUGAAGCCUGGUUCUCUUCAACAUCUCGGAGAAAAUAUGCUUGCUUUUUUGCUGCAUUCAGCUGCCUCAAACAGCAUUCCAAAGGGGAAGUCAACAGAAUCAGAUUUGAAAUCCAAUGAGGACAAAGCUAUAUAUUUCGACAUUUUGGGUACAUACAUGAUCACGUUCAGGCAGCGUCUCGCCACUAUGAUUUACAAUUCAGUAAUAUUGCAAUCUCUCUUGAUAUGGACAACCUCAAUUUUCAUGGGUGGUUAUUCGGCAGCCAUCUCAGUAGCUCUAUCGUUUUUUAGUAUCAUUCUCAUGUGGAUAUUCUCCAUUAGUUUCUCAUCUGCUGUGGCUUUCAUUCUCCCCCUCAUAUCAUCAUCAUCAGCAGUGCCAUUUGUUGCAAGCCCGUGGCUCGUCGUUGGUUUAUUCGGUGCACCUGCCUUUCUUGGCGCAUUGACCGGUCAACACAUCGGUUAUCGUGUUCUUGAGUCGUAUUUGGCAAAUAAUUUAACCGAAAGAAGGAAAAGCUUAUCGGCUGUCUUGAAAGCAAGUGUGGUUAAACUUGAUGCUGAGAGAUGGGUUUUUAAAGCCGGUUUAUUGCAAUGGCUCGUUUUAUUGAUGGCUGGCAAUGGUUUGCUCGAGGCAACAUUAUCGCCAGCAAGGCUGCCUAAGCCGCUUAAAACAGUGACCUUGAUUAUUGGCUUGCUUGUGCCCUUUCUUCUCUCUUCUGGCAUGGUUAUUAAGUUGACAGCUAUUUUAAUUGGAAGUGCUGUCCGUACUGUACGGAACCCUGGCAUAACUCCUGAAUGGAUGGUAAAUAUAAUUGUUGCCGUUUUUAUUGCUGCUAUCGUGGAAAAGUUUCGAUUCUUGAACAAGGAAGCUCACGAUAUUGGAGAAGGGUUCGUUUGCGGCAAAGACAAACAUUUAGAUUUCGUAACUUUUUCAGUAAAUUACAGCUGUUGGUCGGAUAAAAAUGCCGAAAAAGGGUGGGCAAAGUUUGAUAUACCCACAAUCCAUGUGGACGAGGAUUCAAAAGGAGAGAGCCGAUUUACGCAAAUACGAGAGCUUCUACCCGCUGACUCGGAAACUUCCGAGGAGUUAAUCCCAGCUGGCGAAAAGAGCAGCGUGGACGGGUGGCACACAAUUCAGUUCUCAGGCGGUAAAAAGGCCCCAACAAAGUUUGCUCUUUCUCUCUUUUGGGCCCAAAACAGCACAAGCCCGACUCGGCCCGUGGGCUCGGGUAAAGACCAAAAACCCCUUUUGAGACUCAGAACGGAUGUCGACAAGUGGACACCACAGUAUAAGAAGGUUUUCGAGAAGCUUCCGGAAUGGUGUUCUCUCUUCGGGAAGUCGACAUCCCCACAAAAAUUUGCGUUUUUGAGCAGUCUACGGAUUUCUUUCUAGAAAGUUCUGGAGAUUUUCGCAGCAGGACUCUUUCGAAUGUCUCGCGGUUGAAUUUUUUUUACAUGAUAUGAUUUAACAUGAGUUGACCCGGGAAAAUGAAUUUGAAAAAAAAGAAGUUUAACUAACAUACCCGCUGGAUUUGUUUUAGCUAUGUGGUUUUUCUUUUGAAUUAUUGAUGUCCCUAUUUAUGGCAUUUUUCAUUUUUUUUUUCAUCAUACAAGAGAAGAAAAGGGGAAGAAANUUUUUUUUUUUCUAGUUUUUAGAAAUGAUGUCUAAGCCUUUAAGGGGAAUGUGAUGUGUGUGAUGAGUCUGAUGAGAAUCAUGUAUUGAUCUACUCGAAAUUGUGAAAUCCCGCACUGAUUGGCCGUUGAUUAACACACGAUUUUGG